AUGCCGCCGCCGCAUCGCACGCACGAUGCCAGCGGCCAGCCCUUCCCCGCCGCACCGCCCUCGCCCUCGCUCUCCACCACCACCCGCGCCUCGCUCGACUUUCCGUCGCGACCGGCGGUGCUCAUCACGCGCGCGGACCUGCGCACUUCGCUAGCAGCGUACGAGGCGCUGCUCGCAUCCGCCAAGGCGUACACAUCGUCCAUGCUCGCCAUGGCCAAGGCAUCGUCCGACCUGGCGUGUGCGCUCGAGACGUGCGCGCGCGUCAAGGGUGCCCACGACUCGGGGCCCGCGCUCCAGGCGGCGAGCGGACUGCACUUUCUCAAGAGCAACUACGAACAGGUGCUGUGCGACACCUUCUGGAAGGACUUCUCCAUCCCGUUGCUCAGCCACUACGACACCUACCGCUCCGCAUGCACCGAGCGCCAGGUGGUGCACGACAAGGCGGUCUCCGAAAAAUCCAAGCAGCUCAAGGAGGCCGAGGCGCGCAACAACCGCGCCGGCCGCAAGAAGGAGCGCGACCUCAACUCGUUCCGCCGCGCGCUCGCCGAGCUCCAGUCGCACGUCGACGCCAUCGACGAUCUCAAGGCGCAGUACUACAACGAGGUGCUCGACGCAGAGCACGAGGUGUGGCAGUUUAUCGAAUCCAAGGUGGCGCUCAUCGUGAGGUCGCAGAUCGAAAUCUCGGAGAGGAUCAGCUCCAAGGGGCUCAACGAUCCCGUGCUCGAGCAGAUGCUCGCCACCAUCCCGGAUCCCUUUGGCAGCUACGGCCCUCCCAAGCACGACGGCGAGAUCUUUAGCAUCCUCCAUCCCAUCUCGCUGCUCAGCUCCGGUGCCAACAGCAUCCACAACACCAGCACCGAAGCACCCACCAACGAGACCAGCGUCACCGACGCAGAGCCCACGUCCGAAGACGCCAAGCCGUCCACUGCCUCGGCGUCGCAUGCGAGUGCGAGUGCGAGUGCGACGAGUGUGCUGCCUCCCAACAUCAUGUCACCCUCGACGCCCAGCAAGGGGCUGUCGAGAGCGAGCUUUGCGGGCCACAAGAACGCCUCGGCGGCUGCAACGCCCACACGCGCUUCGGCGGGCAAAGCUACCUCGGAAGAGCUGCCGUCGUCUUCCACACCCAAGCCAUUGCGUGCAGCCGAGACGCAGGCGAGUGCGGCGAGCGCAGCCACGCCCAAAGCACGCGGCGCCAACGCGAGUGGUGGCGCGAGUGGGCCGACGCAUGUGGCGCGCGACUCGUUGCUCGGCCUGUCGGCGGUGUCGGAGGCGACCACGGCGAUAUCCACCUCGGACGGCAGCGCACACACCGCUUCGGGGGGCCUUUUCGGUUCAGAGAGCGUCGACUUUGAAGAGCUUCUGUCGCGCGAGCAGCACGGUCAGCACCAUGCGGGCGCUGGUGCAGCCGACAGUGCAGACGCGCGCGAUGCUGCCACACCCCAUGCGCCAACGCACGACGCAGCGCAGGGCGACGACGACGAGGCCGACGCACAAGCCACUGCAGCCGGACGUCUUCGCCAGGUUCUCAGCAUCAUCGAGGAAGACGCCAACGGUCCCCACAGCCGUGCCGCGCGAGGUGCCCAAGCCUCUUCGCGACCCGUAUCGUCCAUCUACGAUGCUGGACCCGACCCUUUUGCCGACCAUACGCGCGAAGAGCAGACGUCCGACUCCAAGUCAUCGCGAGACGAUGCAGAGAAAGACGCAGCUUCGCGCCAUUCCCGCACGCCAUCCAAAGCGAGCAUCGACUAG